AACAUUUCCAUUUCCACUGGCCUUUUCGUGGUGCUUUCAUCAAUCUGAGGCUGCAUAGACUUAUAUAACUGAGCUUUAUCGGUCGUGAAACAAGUAUUUUGUUUACAUUGCUUUGCUUAAAACAAGUUCGGCGACCAAAUUUCAUUCAUUAUUGUUAGCUAUUGUGUAAGUAAGGGAAAGAAAUAAGUGAUAAUGGAGAGCAGGAAACAGAUAUCAGGAAAUUCAUCAUCUUCAUUCACUGAUACACUCUUUGGUCCUAAAGAUAAUCGUACUUCCUCUAGUCAGUUUGGCUCAUACUUUGGUCCUAAUUCCAAUGUAUCGUCGGCUAAGCAGGAUUUUGGAAGUCCUAAACAUUCAACAACAGAUUGGAAAACACAAAGAAGUAAUGGUGAAAAGGCGGAACCAAGUUAUUUAAGCUCAUCGAUCUACUAUGGUGGCCAAGAAAUUUAUCCUCCAAAUACCCACACUAAUGCCUAUCCUCAGCACACCUUGAAAAAAGGCGGAGGUGGUGAAGAUCCUAAUGGAAGCAGUGCUUCAAGGGGAAACUGGUGGCAAGGAUCCCUCUACUAUUGAAAGACUGGAAUCCGUUUAUAUAUACCAUUUCCGACGUCAUAUAAAGAUCCAAUGCAAAAAGUGCCAUCUAUCGGCUUUGUUUCAAGAUUUGCUGAUGUGCCACAUACACCAACUCCAUGUACUACAAAUAAUCUAGUGAUCAUAAGAAGAAUAUAGUUAAAAGUAACUAAAAUAUUGAUUUUAAUGCACUGUAAUUUCUUUCUUAUAUU